AUGUAUGUGAGUAACUCAUCAUCACAGCUUGUUCUAAUCACAUUGAUAUUGGCCACGUCAGCCCUAGUCUCCGAGAGCCGAGUUGCAAGAAAAGACUUGGGUGUGGACCUUGGCGGGAUAGGAGUCGGUGUUGGCAUCGGCUUAGCUCCAGCAGUUCUUCUUCAAGCUCCGGUGGUGGUGGAGGUGAUGCGGGAUCCGAAGCUGGAUCGUACGCGGGGUCACGUGCCGGGUCUGGUUCGGGCAGAAGUUCCGGAAAAAUAA